CUUCUGCAAUUCAUGCUCGAGGACUCUAAAAUGCUCACUUCUGAAGUAUUCAAGGGUUUUAGUUCUUCUGGAAAAUGCCCAAACAUAUGCUAUCUAUUAUGGAUGGAUACGGAAGCUACUUUGGAAGUUGUCAAGUGUGCUUUUGCACAAGAGAAUUUUGAACCUACUUCUAGUACUCUUGAUGCAUCUGUAUCUAAGGAUGAAGAAGAUACUGAUAUUGAAAGCCCAGAUAGUCAAAAUAUUUUGUUACAAAGUGUAGUUGACACCAUCAUUCAUAUUGUUGGUUUAGAAAAUGAGGCAAUCCAUUCCGUUGUUGUGGGUACUGCUGAGUCAGAAGAAUCGGAACUUUGGCCUUCAGUGAGUGACUUCGGUCAUAUCAUUGAAUUCGUGUCCUUUUUUGUUUCCUAUAAAAGGGCAAAUGCAUCUCAAAGAGUUCUCAAGCACAUUCUUAAAUACCUCACGUCAUCCACUACAUCAUAUGAUGAUAAAAAGAUGCCACCUCAGAAAGAAGUUCUUCAGCUCUUCAACGUGGUUCCUCAAACUGACUGGAAUUCUGAUUAUGCGUUGAAUCUUUGUUUAGAUGCCCAUUUUCAUCAGGCCUGUGGCAUGAUAUAUACAGCCAGAAAUCAAAAUUUGGCUGCUUUAGAUAGUUACAUGAAGGAUACAAUGGAACCAUACCACGCAUUUAUCUUCAUCAACAAAAAGUUACUUCAAUUGGCAAGUGAUGAAGCUUUGUCGUUUCGUUCCACAGUAAUAUCUCGUUUUGCUGAGCUAGUCAAUCUAAGCAGGGAGUGUGCAUUUGUCUUGGUCAUUGAUCAUUUUCACGAUGAGAUCCAGCAAAUAUUGGCAGAGCUUCAUUCUGAUCACCGCAGCCUCUUUCUUUUCUUGAAAACUGCAAUCGAAGUACACUUGUCAGGAAAACUUGACUUCAGUGAACUUACUGCCAGAAACUAUGAAAUUGUUGAAAGUCUGUACUCCGGCGAACUCGAAGAUUAUCUUCAGAGAUUAUCAAAUCUCCCAAAGUUGUUUGACCACAAUCCUAUUUCUAUGACUGAUAAGUUAGUUGAACUCUAUCUGGAGCUUCUGUGUCAGUAUGAACCAAGGUCAGUUCUGAAGUUUCUGGAGACUUUCGAUAGCUACAGAUUGGAGAGGUGUUUGCUCCUUUGUCUAGAUUAUGGAGUUACAGAUGCUGCUGCAUUUCUGCAAGAGAGGGUUGGUGAUGUUGCGAGCGCGUUGGAACUUGUUCUAGCUGGACUAGAUGAGAAAGUUAACCAGUUUAUCGCUUCGGUGGAAAAUGCGUUCUCUCGGACAUCGUCAAAGAGUAUCUCUGAAAUUGAGCAACCAGACAUUGUUCUAAACAUGAGCGAGGUUCCUUUGUUGUGCCCAUUGAAAUACUAA